UUCACGCUUUAAUCCUAGCUUAAUAAAAUGAGUGAUGCAGAGAUCGCCAAUGAUGAAACUAUGCCUGAUGAGGAGGAAAUCGUUGAUCUAAAGGAUAAGAAGAGUAAAAAGAGCAAAAAGUCUAAGAAAAGCAAGAAGAGCAAGAAAUCUAAAAAGAGCAAGAAACAUAAGAAGGGAAAGAAAAACGACUCUGACGAAGAAAAGGAAGAAGGCGAUGAUCAGGAGAAUGCAGAUCAAGCUGAAGAGGCUGAGGCUGAGACUAAGGAAGAAGACAAACAAGAAGAGAAAACAGAUGAGAAGAUGAAUAACGAGAAGGACGAAUCAACGAAAGCACCAACUGAAGAACAACAACAAAUGAAAGAACCAGAGGAGACUCAUGUAAGUUCGUAUAAUCCAAAUGAGUUCACACUUGCAACAUCUGCACCUAAAACUUCACUUAAAUCUGGUUCAAAGAUGAAUUCAAUUAAGAAAAGAGGAUAUGAGAAAAAGGUUAUGCUGGAUGAUGAUGAAGCCAAAAUGGCAAUUGCUGAGUAUAUGGAAGCACAGAACCGUCCUUUCAGUGUCCAAAAUCUGAUUGACAAUCUUGGUGGUAGAAUAAGGAAGACCCAAACUCAAAAAAUCUGAGACGAACUAGUAAACGACCAAAUUAUCACCCUCAAAGAAUACGGAAAGUCCAAAAUCUACCUCAUAAACCAAGACAUCUACCCAGAAACCUCCGCCUCUGAGCUCGAACUACUCGACGAACAGAUCAAAGUCCGGAAGGACGAAUUCACCACUCUCGACACCACCCUCAAAGAGCUAACUCUCGAGCUAAAAUCAGUCACUCAAACCCCCACAAACGAUUCCUUAAAUUCCCAACUCAGCACACUAAAAUCCCAAAAUUCCUCACUGACCCAAAAACUCACAAAUCUUCAGUCAAAAUCCAAAAACACCAUAAGCGAAGAAGACAUGAAGAAAAUUGAAGUCAAAGCUAAAGAAUACGAAGUGCAGUGGAAGAAGAGGAAGAAGGCGUGAAUGGAAAUGAUAGGCAUGGUCAGUGAGAGCAUGGAUAAGAAUAAGAAGGAUUUCAUGGAGGAAGUGGACAUGAUUUAUACUGGAAAGGGACAGUGAGGUUUAAUGGAACAAAUUGAUGGGAUUUCAAAUUCUGAAUGAAUUGGUGAAAUUUCAGAGAGAUAUAAUAAGAUCAGUGAGAAAAACAAGGCUUGAAUGGUAUGACAGAUGGAAAUUAAAAAUGAAAUUGUAAGAUCUAAAUUCCUUUGCUCUCAAUGAAGUGGUUACAUACAUUUGCCAUGACUCCAGUUCUUGUUCUAUUACUCUGGAGAGAAUGUUCAAACUGGGAUUUGAAUCGCUUGUGAUCUGUGAUCUGUUGCUAAUCAAUGAAUCAUUUGAAUGGAAUCAGAUGAUGCACUAAAGCUACAAAUUGAAGUCUUAGAAUUCAGAACAAAGGCAAAGUCACAGUAUUCAUACGCCCAUCCUAUAUGAUGAGGUAGUAACACCGGAAUUAGAAUUGACCCUGGGUUUGGAUUAAGAAGGAUAAUUAUUGACUCUAAUACCCUUAUUAGUUUGCAAAUCGGGAACUUCGAAGCAAUUUGAUACAUAUGUGGCAAAAAGGAAGGACAAAUCUUAAGAUGAAAUUCAUGAUUUAAAUAUAGCUGACAUGCUUACUGUAGUCAGGCCAAUUGAAUCAUCAGUGCAGGAGUAAAGGAAUAUUACCUUUCUCCAAACGGGACAAUGAAUUGAAACCUUGAGAUCAAGAAGGAUGGCCUAAUCUGCCGGUACUGAAUAUCAGUAAAAGACACGGAUGAGUUGUUACAACAGAACCCCUACUUCCCAAAAGGUUUGAUUGAUUUCAGCAAAAAUGAGCAUAUUCGGAAUAAUUGAUACAACAGGAGUGUCGAGAACAUCAACAAAAAUAUCGAAGCUAAAAACAAGAACAAAAACUUUACUAAUGAAGAGUUCAAAGAUAUCGACAUAGAUGAUUACCUCCGAAGAUCAGAAGAUCUAGAAGAGCAGAUUGAGAGCAGUGAGAACAAACCUACAAGAAAAUGAAAGGAUAAAAGCAGUGAAAAUUCAUGGAUGAACAUUUCUUUAUUUCGAGAAACAAUGGAUCCUAUUUUAAAAGGUCCAAUCACCCAAAUUGAGGUUAGAGAGAUAGAUAAGAACCCUUACCCAAAAAAUUUCAACGGAGGCGUCCCUUUUGUCAAGCUCAAAGAGGAAGACAACAUUCAAAAGAUGGAGAAGGCUGGUGAAGAUUUAGAUUUGAGGAAGAGCCAAGAUGUUGAAACACUUAAGGCAUACUAUAACUAUUAUUUCAAGAAAGAAAUCUCACAUUAUGUAGGAGACAAGCUAAUCAUUGGCCUUCCUGAGUAUAUCAAAUUAAGAGGAGAUCAGUUAUUCCACCUCUCAAUAGAUACCAUAAGAGAUGACUUGAAGUUAAUUGAGACAUGUAUUAGGAGCAAGUAUGACCAGUACGAUAAACAGAUACCAAAGAACCUCAUUGCAACAUUUUACAAAAAGGCGAACGCCAUUUUAAAUAAUGAGGAAAGUGUCCAAAAGCUACAUAGUGAGGCUCAAAGAAUUGUCGAUGACCGUUGGACUAAUAAUGGAAGAGAGGUUCUUUCCCAUAAUAGAGGUGAAUGGAAUACUAAUUUCUCAGAACCUGUAGCAUUCAAAAGGAUGAGUGUCAAGGAAGGAAUCAAUGAUCCAAAAAAAAUCAUUUAUUCACAACCAGGAAGACAUCCAAAUGAAAUGGAAAAUGAUGCCAGAAAUAUUCCCAACUCACUAUUCAAAUGUGGAUGACCUUGACGGUCUCAAGGCAUUGAAUGCAGUAAAGAAUGAGGAUGUAAAGCCUCCAAAAAUUGCAAAAAUUCAGAAAUUCAGAACAAACGGUCCAUCUCUGAAAAAACAGAUGUUGACUGAAAUGUGAUAGCAUGGGGAAUGAACACUGACACAUAUACCAAAAUUGCAAGAUUAGUCCCAGGAAAUCUCACAAAUGUUGCAAGCUGGAAAUUUAUGGACGAGUGACUAAAACCUGCGAUGCUGAAAUGUGGUCCUAAAGGCUGGGAUAUCCUAGAAGCACUUAAAAUAGUCAUAAAUGAUAUAAGUGCUCCUGAAUACUUUAGGAAUUCCGCAAGAACGAUUUAUGAUUACAUAAAGCGAUGUGAGGAAGAUUUAGGCUCGAUGCAAAAUUCAGCAAAAACAAAGUUUAGGUCAAAGCACUUUGCUUUCGUUAACAUUGGAGUCUGAUGAGUUCUGAAGAAGAAAGGAGGACUUAUGAAAAACCAACUCGUCGCAGAAUAUUUAGGUGAAGUCUAUAUUCCUUCUGAAUGGAAAAGAGAGAUAUUGAUCAAUGAAAAAGCGAAGAAGCUGGGGAUAAUCCCAGCUGAUGAUCACGAUUUUUACAACAUGAAUUUCGACCGCCACAAAGAUGAUCCUGAUGGAGUUGGCUUAAUAGUGAUAGAUCCUACUAAGAAAGGAAACUUUUGCUCCAGGAUGAACCAUAGCUGCAUUCCAAAUGUCGGCAUCGUUCCGAUUAUAAGUAAUGGGAAAUAUCAUCUGGCUGCGUAUGCUACGAGGGAUAUUAAAGAAGGUGACCAAUUGACUUUUGAUUAUUCUUCAGUCACUGAUGACAAGGAAGAAAGCUGCAAAGCAACAUGCUUAUGAGGAGAGAGUAUUUGAAAAGGGAACUAUAUUGACUAUGUUGAGUCUCAUCAAGACGAUUUCUACAGAGACAAACAUCAUGACUACAUUCAUAGGUUUUAAAAUCCUCUGGACUGCUUGUGAGUCAGGCGAAAAAGAUCUGACUGAGGAAGAUCAAGAAAAUCUGAACAAGAUCAACCUUAAAAGCUACGUCCUUGAAGGGGCUCCAAAGUGGUUACAAAAGUGGUGAGCUCUCAUUGCAAAGUAUAUUCUUGAGGAGAAAGAAAGAGGAAAAGAAAUAUCUCUUGAAAAUUGCCACACACCUGAAGAUUAUGAUAUUUUAGAUGACAAAAUGCAGAGAAUUUAUGAUUCGAGAAUUACCAGCUUGAUUGAAGUAACAGACCAAGUGAAGAGAUAUACCGAACUGAACGGCAGUCUUAAACCUCCUCUUGUGAAGAUGACUCCUGAGGAAGUAAAAGAUGUAAUCUGGAGAGACCCAAAAAAGUCCUUUAGACAACAACUUGUUGAAGUAUUAGACAACUUACAAGAUCAGAUGCUCAAGAUUAAGAUAAUGGAGUGUCUAGACAAUUUUAGUGUAGAAGAAAGCAACCUUGAUGAUAAGGAAUAUUUCGAGAAAGUUCGAGAAAGAUUUUGGAAAGUAUUCGAAUUGUUAUCAGGAAAUAUUAGUGAGAAGAUACAUAUUGAUGCACUAAAGGACUUCCUACUUCUGAAGAUAUAUAUUAGAGAUUUCUAUAAGGUCAGUGAAGAGUAUAAAGAAGUAUUGGAUGGACCAAAGGUGAUCAAAAACAAGUUUAACAAAAAGAUCGAUUGUACGAUAGACCAGAGUAACGAAAAAGUAAUAUUCCAACGUAAAAAGGGUGACUCUAAGACCUUCCUCUUCAGCGUCAGGUACAAAAAAUCUUAUGUUUUCGACCUACUCGUAAACUGGUUUAGAAGGGACAUAAUCCUGUCCCAAUCAUGACCAUCAGAAGGACUUGGGCUUCAUUCCUAUCCCAAAUUUAGCAGUUUCCUGUUCGCCCCUACUGUCCCAACCCCGCCCCCCUCAGCACCAAGAACCUCCAAGUCUGGCUUCGGUUCUCUGAUGUCUUCGUUACUGACUCAGAAACAAAUUCUUCCUUCCAAAAUUCCGAAUGGGCUCUCACUUGACUUGACCUAUCCAAGUGAGAAAUACAACGAGAGAGAAGUCUUCUUCUCUAGAUGGUAUAAUGCACCAAGGGACUACCUCUCAGUAAAGGAAGGAUGGGAUUAUGACGAAAGUGAUGGUAUUAUAGGUAGCAUACAGAUGGAUGAGGCGAUGAGAGAAGGAGAAGAAGGGAAAGAGGGAGUUUUUAGAGCUGUGUUAGAAUGAUUGUUGAAAAGGUAGUAAUUGAAGAAGUAAUUAGUUUUAUGAUGGAUUG